GAGAGAGAGAAAUGAAGAGAGAGAGAGAGAGAGAGAGAGAGAGAGAGAGAGACAGAGCACCUCUAGCUGCCCACAUAAUCAUCAUUAUUCAAGGACCUCAGCUACACCACAGGAGACACGCAAUUGAGAGUUAAACAAAAUUGGUUCUAAAAGUAAAACUAAGGGCAAACGAAGCAAACUCUUCUGAAAUUAAACUCCACAAACUUUGCUCUGUGUUGCGGGCUGCUCUAUGUAUUCUGAUCAUGGGGGACCUCCUACCCUUCGACAGGCACAUCUCCUACCUUGAUGACUUCACAUGGAACAGCAUGUCAGGGCUGAGCGUGCGCCUGAAGCCGGUGCUCCUCCAGAGCCUCUCAGAGUUGGAGAGAGUCCGCCUGCAGGAAGUGGCCUUCAGCAGGCUGCUCCAGGACUACGACCUGGGUUGCCAGAUCACCAUCCCCAAAGAUGGUCAAAAGCAUAAGAAGUCACUCAGGAGGAAGUUGGAUUCAUUGGCCAAAGAGAAGAGUAAAGAAAAAGAGUCUAUGCCCCAGGCAUUCGGUAUAACGCUGUCGCAGGUGAUCUCUAACGACCGUGCCCAGAAGCAGCGUCAGGAGCUCCAGACCCAGCGAGAGGAGCACGGGAACGCCAGUGACCUGGUGUGCUCCCUCUUGCACCUCACCUCCUGGAGGAGCACUAAGGACAAGGAGCUGUCCAGCAGCAACUCCUCCCUCAGUUCCAACUCCGAAACGCCCAAUGAGUCCCCUUUGCCCAACACGCCCGAGGCACCACCACGCACAUGCAGGAGGGGAGGAGUGUCUGUGGAUUACAUCACUGACCUGGAUGACAACCAGUCUCGUCUGCUGGAGGUCCUGCAGCUGUCCCUGCCAGCCGAGACACCCAGCAACAAGAAGAAGCAGAGGGACAAGAAUCUCAGCCUCAACCACAUCUUUCGACAGGUGCCCAGGGUAGUGGAGAGCUGCUGCCUGUACCUGGAGAAACAUGGUCUACAGACUGUUGGCAUUUUCCGUGUAGGGAGCUCAAAGAAGAGGGUACGGCAGCUGAGAGAGGAAUAUGACCAGGGUGUGGAGGUCCAACUGGAUGAGGAGCACUGUGUCCAUGAUGUGGCUGCGCUGCUCAAGGAGUUCCUGAGGGACAUGCCUGAUCCCCUACUGACCAGGGAGCUCUACACCGCCUUCAUCAACACCAUGUUACUGGACCAUUCAGACCAGGAGAUCACAAUGCAGCUGCUGAUGUGCCUGCUCCCACCCUGCAACAGUGACACCCUGCAACGCCUCCUGGAGUUCCUGGCCACGGUGGCCGCCCAUGCCCAGAACAGCCAGGACAGGGACGGACUGGAGAUCACAGGGAACAAGAUGACAUCGCUCAACCUGGCCACCGUCUUUGGGCCGAACCUUCUACACAAGCAAAAGAGCUUGGACAAGGAGUUUGCUGUGCAGAGUUUUGCCCGUGCCGAGGAGAGUACAGCCAUCAUAGGCGUGGUACAGAGGAUGAUCAACACAUACGAGACCCUCUUCAUGGUGCCACCUGACCUGCAGAAUGAGGUUCUAAUGAGUCUGCUGGAGACAGAUCCUGAUGUGGUGGAUUACCUACUGCGGAGGAAGGCUUCUCAGCACUCUGGUCCAGGCCUGCCGAUGAUUGAGGAUCCCUUCUCUCUGAGUGAGAGGUGCUGCUCCAGUGACUCCAACAAGGCCUCCAGUGCGGAUGUGUCCCCCUAUGAAAUGAACUCUCCAGUGCUGUCGGAGCUCUUGCUCUCCCAAGACCAGGGGGACAACAGCCCCCUCUCUGACAAGCUCUUCAAGGUCCCCGAGCAGUACACACUGGUGGGCCACGUCAAAGGUUGUCCCAGCGACAGCUACAGUACCACUCACCAUCCACAGGCAAAGGGGAAUAUACCAAGCCAGUUGUACAACUGAAUGCAUUCAGCUGAAAUGUGUCUUCCGACAUUUAACCCAACCCGUCUGAAUCAGAGAGGUGCGGAGCUGCCCAAUGAUCAAGUUGUUGGCCAUUUCAUCUCUGAAAAUAGCACUAAUACACUGUAUUGUAUAUUGCUGCUUAAUAUGAAGAAUAUUUCGGAUUUUUCUAUUAGACACACCUGAUUAACAUUUCUGGGGUGUCUGGCAUUCCACUCUAAGGAAAAGGUUUAUGGAUCAUCAUAUCACUGUUUCCCAUGGCGACGUUUCAGAAUGCAGCUCUUGUGGCUCAUUGGAGGGACUCGACGGUCACCAAGGUAACAACAGCAAACAGCGUGUCAGAUGAACUUUACACCUCAAUUGGUAUGCCUGAGUGCAGGCCACAUCCCCCAAUGACUUGCUGCAGCAGUAGCCCUCUGACGAAGAGAGGGCAGAGAUUGGAGGAUACAGACCUGUUAUUACUUCACUGACCACCGGGCCAACCAGGGGGCUGCAGCCCAGAGGACAUUGCGCUAAUGGGUGGAAUGGGACAGCCUGCCAGUCCCUCCCUCAGAGGCAGGCCUAGCGGCAGGGUGGAUGGAAGGCAUCCCCCUUCCUACUCUGGACCGCUCAGAGGAACUUCUCCACACCUUCCCUCUAACUUUCCACGCACUAACCUGGAUGUGUGACCCAAACAGAAUCCAUAACUGCCCCCUGCCCCCAGGGCAGCAGCAGCCCUGGGCCCCAGACUGUGGCCCCUACGACCCCCUCCUCUGGUCCUCUGGAGGGGAAGAUGUCAGACAGCCCAGAGUUGCAGAGGGAAAGGUGUCAGGUAGGGCAGCUCCUAUCAGCAGACAAUACACUCUACCAGAGAGUAGAUGUGAUGUUUAUACGCACUCGCUCUAACUACUUCGUCCUUCUCUAAAUUGUAGGUUAAACUUACUGAGUUGUGCCAAUUGUCUGUGAGUGAAUGUUGUCAUUUCGCUCUUGAUGUGUGUCUUACAGUUUUCAUAUUUCAGAAGUCUGAUUCCAACACUUUGCCACUAAGACAGUACCCCAACUGAGACGCAAAUUAGCAUCACUGACAUGUGACUAUCUGAAUAUUGUUUCCCCAUGGUAACUGAAUACUUCACUUUCUUUCCUUUAUAUUUUUAUUUUUUUUAUUUCAACUCAGAACAAUGGUGUGAGAAUGAAUCUGAAUGUAUCCUAAACGUAUUGGUACUAAUAGCCUACAUGUAAUGCUUAUAUUUAUAUUGUAAUAUCACCCUGUGAGAUAUAAUGCAGAUAUGCUAUAACCAAAAUAAAAUACAACUUUCUUAGUGAAACAUGACAUCCAAUUAUGUUUGAAGCUGCAAGUGUCUUUGUGUUAUUUGUAUCUUGGUGGAGCUAUUGCCAAACAAAUGAAAAUGGAUUGUUUGUGUUUUUUGAUAGUGGUAUUGAACUUCACUCUUUUGGUCACUUGCUUUUUAUAACUCAUUUUAAUGUUUGUGGCCUUCUGCAACUGAUUGUAAUAAGUCAUUAAUUCAUUGAUUUGUUCAUGCAUCCAAAUAAAACAGUAACUGUCAUCUUACUGUUUAGAUUAUUUGAAGGGAAAAAAUUAAACUGGAAGAUACAGAACAUUGUGAAUGUAAUUCCACAAUGUGGAGUAUAGAAAGAGAAAAGCAUCACUCAGUUUGUGCUUGAAUGCCACUGUCAUGAAAUGUACCAAAAGCUAGUUUGUUUUUUUCUUCUCCCCUAUAAUUGUUUUAUAGCUUUUGAGGGGGAAUGAAGGCACUGUACUAAGAUAAAAAUAUGGUCAUGACUUUCACUGAGUUUUUUUCAUUGUUGUUUGAAUAUUUGCUGGGAAAUAUUAUUUGUUUGUCCUGACCAAACAUUAUGCCUUAGUAACAACCACAGUAUUGUCUCUGAGAUGGCAAGUCAUGCUAGUAAGACUUGUUCAUGUUCACCUUGACUUAACAUUACGUUGCUAAUGCUAAUAGUCAUGCUUUAGUACCUUGUGCAACAUCAGUAUUGACAUGUUUUUAAUCUAAUCAAGCUGCUUUAAUACUGUAUUAUUGCCAACUCGAACCCUUCUUCCGCCUGAUUGUUUCACUGUAUGUUCAUUUUCCUAUGACUUCCAUGAUGUGAUAUUAGUAAUUUUAUCAUCUUGUUAUCAUCCUCUGUAAAACUAUACAUAGAAACUAAAAAUGGGGCAGAAGGUUAUGUGGCAAUAACCUCUUACUGUCUUUAAAAUGCCUUUUAAUUUCUACUUCACAGAGUUCUGUCAGUAUGCUCCAACUACUACAAGUACUGCAAUGAUUUAUUCUCGCUCUUACUUCUAAUGUGCCCAGUCUGUGUAAAGGGAAGUCAGGAACAAUGUGAGUGGUUCACACUCUAAUGAACUGGAGCGGAAGGUUUCUCUUUUUGCAGCUUCUCCGCAGACUCCAUAAAGAUUUAAUUCUGGCACAUUUCAACACUGUAAUGAAGUGCCGGAGCCAGAGCUGUCUGGUCUCUGAGAGACCCCUCUCACAAGCCAGGAAGUGGACCAGAGGGUCCCAGACAUAACCACAGGGAGUUCACCUCUCCUCUCCCCAGACUGGAACACAGGCAAACCCGCUUCCUGAUUACUGGCUUAUCUUUUUAUGGGUGGGGUGAGUUAUCAUGCCCAAUCCUAUAUGGUCCUUUCGCCACUUAACUCGGUUUGCUUAAGGGUGGAGUAUGAUUUUUGUGAGAUUAUACAAAAUAUUUGAGCAUAUAGAUGUUGUAAAUCAAAAUACAGUGUUUGUUGAUGUUAUUGUGACCUAGAUUCAAAUCAUUUAAUUGAACGGCCACAAGAGGGAACCAUGACCAAACAGAAUGUCCUAUUCUCAAUGAUCGUGUUUUCCUGCAUUGCAUAUCUUUGAAUUUGUUAUUACAAUAGGAAUAUAUAGGAAAUUUAGGAAUAUUUUCUGUAUUUCAACUUUUUCUAAAUUAUAACAUUCUAUCUUCACCAUGGUUGCAAUACCUAUGUUAUUUUGCUGAAUAUCCAUAAAUGGUUGUGUAUCUUC